GUUUUCAUGGCCUAGGGGUUAGUUCUGUGAUUAAUUAAUUAGAAAAACAAAACAAUAUAUAUAUGAUCAAAAGAGAGAUUGCACCAUGUAAGAAAGAGAAUAAAUCCUCCUCCACCCUCCUCCACUCUUUUCCAUCAUCCCUCCAGCACCAACUUUCUUCUCCAAGCAAAAGAUUUCUCUAGCCAAAACGCACCCCAUGAACCCUAAUCUUGCUACUUGUUACAAUAAUCUAAACAAAGAAGAAAUCUCCAAGCUUGAGUCCAUCAUCCAAACCUACCAUAUGUUUCCUCCAUCCUCAAACACAUGCACAUCUUUGAUAACACAACGUAUAAACGCUCCCUUAAGCUUCAUAUGGCCAUUUGUACGCGAUUUCGAAAACCCUAACAAGUACAAGCACUUCAUUAAGAGUUGCACAAUGAAAGGAGAUGGGGGAGUUGGAAGCAUGAGAGAUGUCACAGUUAUAUCAGGCUUGCCGGCGUCGACAAGCACCGAAAUACUAGAGGUAUUAGACGAUGAUGACCAUGUUUUGGGCUUUAGGGUUGUGGGUGGAGAUCAUAGGCUGAAUAACUACAGGGCAGUGACAUCGGUUAAUGAGUUUGACCAAGGAGGGAAGGCUUACAGCAUGGUUUUGGAGUCUUAUACGGUGGAUAUACCCCAAGGGAACACUGAAGAGGACACUAAGAUGUUUGUGGAUACUGUUGUGAAGUUGAACUUGCAAAAGCUUGCAGACGUCGCCAUGGCAGCUUUACGAGGGCAUGAAACAAAGGUUGUUUGAGCCAGCAGCUGUGUCAGUGGAGAUGAUGAUAGUGAUGAAAUUCGAAUAAUGCAUGUGGUAUUAUUGAUAAUGAAAAUUUUCUAUAAAACAACUAUGCUAUUGAGAAUUUUACUACAGAUCUCAUCCUUCUUUUCUCUCGUCCCUUCUUUUAAUUUAUGUCUGUGAAUUAGUUUUCAUCUAUAAUCAUCAAAAAAACAAAGGAAAAAUAUGAAAAAUUUCUAUAUAUGUGAAAUUAAUGUGUAGUAUUGUACUCCACAGAUUGGG